UACCCGCACCUCCAGAUCAGCUCAACGGGACAGGAGGAGGGCUGUAAGGUGCUGGACUUUGGCAGUGUGGCAGUUGGAGAAUUUCUUGAAAAGCACUUUGAGAUCCACAACCCCUCCACUGUUAGCACAGCAUUCAGUCUGUCCUGGAUGGAACGACCCGCUCUCAUGGAGUCUGUGUUUCGCUGUGAGGUGUAUGAGGGGACGAUCGCCCCUUAUUCAGUGUUAAAAGUCCCUGUCUGCUUCUCUCCGCUCACAGUGGAUAGCAUAAGUGUAGACUACCUCUGUCUUACCUGUCCUGGGGCUGUAAAUGAAGACCUGCUCAAAGUGUCUGGCACAUGCAUAGGUCCAAUAGUAUCUCUAAACAUCUCUCUACUGGACUUUGGCUGUGUUGAAGAGGGCUCAGAGAUCACACACAAUGUACAGAUCAUCAACUCUUCUGCAGUGUUGGCUCAUUACCAGUUCGAUGUGGACACAGGUGGUCAUAGUGUGUUCAGUGUUGAUAAGCCUUGUGGCACCCUGGCUGGCAGCAGCAAAUUCAACCUGCGUGUGAAAUUCAGACCACACCAUUCUAUAGCUUAUCACAAGACUUUGACCUGUUUGCUGAUGCACAGGGAGCCACUGUAUCUGGAUUUGAUUGGCACCUGUCACUCAGAGCAGUUGAAGCCAGCCAUUUUAAACCCCAGACAUCUGAGUGCCUACAGAUUAAAUCUGCUACAAGGGCUCACCUGUUACCCUCCUGACUUACUAAGUACCUUGCUGAAAGAGCAAAAAUUGAAAGUGGAUUAUAGUGGAGCAUUGGUAAUGCAGGAGUUUCCAGCAUAUCCCACACCUCUCUUCAACCCACGCAGUCCUCUAGAGGAGUAUUUCCAUGUUAAUUCAGCACCUGAAGCAGAAACAGAACUCGACAACAACUCAUCCAAAUUCCACAUUCACCAUGUUACAGUUCAACCCUCAGAGCUCCUGUUUUAUGAUGGUCCAGCAUCAAAGUCAGUCUCCAUCACCAACCACACCAAGGGCAAAAUCUGUCUGAUGUGGUCACCUGGAGCCAAAUCCCCUUUCUCCAUUUCUCCUCUCUCAUGUGACCUGGGCCCUCUAAAGACCACAGCCUUUAGAGUGACAUACAGUCCAAACCAGCAGAACAUGUUCCACACAACACAGCUGGAGUGUUUCACUUUUUACAAGGUUUUGAGGAAUCAUAGAAUUGUGGAAGAUCAGACUUUGUGCCCACCCUGGAGCCUUACAGUCAGAGUAACCGGCCACUCAUUUCAGCCUGGAAAAGAGCCCUUUGUCCCCAACUUCUCUCUUCAACACCCUCAAGUGGUAUUCCCUGCACUAAAACGGGUGUCAUACCGCACUGUCCUCCUGCAGAAUACAGGGGAUCUACCUUUGAUCUUUAGAUUGGAUCCUGAGGAGUGCCCAUCAGUGUGUGUACUGCCACCCAGUGGUCUGGUGCCACCAGCCGGUCACCAGAUCCUCACAUUGAGAUGCACUCCAUCACCAGACCACCCUUCUAGGAUCCCUUUGACAUUACAUCUGAAUGCCAGCCCAAAUUACACACAGGUACUGAAUGUGGUUGCUGUAGCAGAAAAGCUUUCAGUGAAUGUAGAGGGAGAUGGCAGUCUGUUCUUUCAGCCCACAGCAGUGAACUCCUGCUCUGAGCAAACCCUGCAAGUGAAGAACACAAGCACAGUGCCGCUGGAGUUCAAGUGGAGGUUGUGUGGAUCUGACCAAACGGUUCUGACUGUACUGCCCAACACAGACGUACUUCAGCCCAAUGAAUGCAAGGUACAAAAGUGGUCCUUCACUCCAAAGGAAGAGAUGAUGUACAAUAUGAAGCCCAGUCUCAUGUUCUGGCCUGUUCAAACACCACAGAUCAAGAAGUCACAUUUUACUGUUAAAGCCAUAGGAUUAGCAUCCAAAUGCUCUCUUCAGGCAGAGCAGCCUGUUAUAGAUCUGGGGGAGGUGCUGGUGGGAAGCUGUAAGGCAUUUGAUUUCCCUCUACUGAACAACAGCACCUGUGCCGUGAGCUACUCUCUGACCACACAGCAGAGCAUCAGUGUUACAGGCCUUCCUGAAGAGAUGACUCAAGAUCCCCUGGUUCUGGAGAUGGAGAAUGCAAAGGGGACCAUACCUGCUGACUGCAGAAUACUAAUUCGCUGCACAGUGAGACCAGCUCUCAGGACCCAUUACUGCUGGAGCAUCGUUUACCAUGUCCUCAAUGUUUAUGGCUCCACUGAAAAAGACCAACCUCAAACUAUAUGCAAAGUGCAGGCUGAAGGAGUGUAUCCCUCCCUGGAGGUGAUGGAUGUCCGUAGCUGUGGAGGUGUGGAUGGGAUGAGUAAACUUCAGCUGUGGCGUCUCUUCAAUUUGGAUACACUCAACAGUAAUCUGCGCAGAGAUCCCAGCCCAUCUGAGCUCACCUUUAGGGUGCCCACUAGACACAGUCUUAGACGUUGCCCUUCCAUCUUCACCUCAGCCAUGGUGGAUUUCAGCUUCAGCGCCUCUCCCUUGGGAUCAGACCCCUCCAGUGUUCUUCUUCUGUUUAAAAACCCAGGAAGCAUCCCUGUAGAAUGGUCAUUCCUGUUCCCUGAGGACCAGCAAAUUGAGCUGGAUUAUUGGGCUGAGUCUGGAGAUUUCAGUCCAUCUGAACUCCACUUGAUGAAGAUUCAGGACCAUAGGCUCUUCUCAAUUUCUCCACGCUCUGGUAAACUCCAGCCAGGCCAACAGAAGACAGUUCAAUUCAUGUACAGACAUGAUUUUGUGGGAACAGAUCGUCUUCCUGUCCUGUUAAAACUUUCACAUGGAAGAGAGAUACUGUUGAAUUUUAUAGGAGUAACUAUAGAAAGAGAUCGGCGCUACAUUCACCUCUCCUCCAAUCGGCACAUUUUUGCCCCAGCAGCCAUUGGACGGUUCAGUCCACCCAAACAGGUGUUUGAGUUGUAUAAUGCAGGCGCUCUCCCACUGAGGUACCACAUUGACACCUCUCCUCUGGAGGAGCUCAUGCAGGAGAACUUUAGUCAUCCGGUCCUGCAGUGUCUGAACCCCGCUGGAGAAGUGGAGCCAGGUCAAAGCACCAUGCUGGAGUGGAUCUUCUCCCCACUGGAGGCUAAAACAUACACUGUGGAUGUACCUAUUCAUGUGGUGGAAGGGGACAGCAUGUUUGUAGCUUUUGAGGGCCAAGGUUUUGAUGAAAGAGAGUCUGAACCCAUUCAAAUACAAAAUGGAGGAAUUACUGUGCCUUGCACUCAAAGAAUCCCAGUACCUGGACAGGUGGUGUUCCUGUCAGAAGAGAGAGUGUGUUUUGGUGAUAUCCCAGUGUGCUCUCGUGGUACACGCAUCCUUUUUUUGACCAACGUCUCAAACACUGAUGAAGUGUUGUAUAAAUGGAACAUUAUGAGAGCUGAAUUCCAGCAGACUAUAAAUAUCUGUCCUGAGAGUGGUCAUCUUACACCUGGACAAAGUGUUCUCUGCAUCCUGACAAUACAGGCCUUGGGCAGCCCCACUUUCUACCAAGAAGACCUCAUCUGUGAGAUAACUCUAUUGAAGAUGCUAGCACAGUAUCACAAAGACCUGCGACAGUGGGAAGAGGAGACAGAGAGACAGAAAUAUGAGUUUACCAUCACUGAGAAAGACCUGAUACAGUCAAACCAACUAAAUAAAUACACUCAGGAAGAUGCGGUGUUUGAAAAGAAAACUGGCACAAGAAAAUAUAAGACCCUUCCACCCAUUCAUAGUAGUGAUCAAGCUGAUAGCUGUCCCUCAGCAAAACCCAGUCGGGCUGAACAGCGAGCCCGGCAGCACACAGGCCAGGAAAGGAGAAGACGUCCUGAGCCACCCCGUCCUGCUUUACUCCACUUGGGUGUCAUUGCACGCUCUCACGGCCUCUUGGAGUACCAGACACAUUUCCCCACUCAGUUCAACACUCAUUACAUCAACAGAUCUAGGCAGCCAACAGAUUCUUCAUCUGACACAGGUGAAAGCUUUUAUCAUCCAUCAGAACUUCCUUCUCUUAGUCCUGGUCCUGAGAGAGACAUCAUCACACAUCUACUCACCUCUUUGCUUCAGAGUCUUCUCGAUGAGCCUCAGUUCCAGCAGUGUCUGUUAGAGGGCGACAUUGAGCAGGUGCCGUAUUUCACACAGCUGCGUCCGGCUCCUAUCCUCCACACAAAAACACAACCCCAGUCCUCUUCAGACAGCCAGGACCUUGUACAGAUGUCAAGUGUGUCCAGUGCUGCUCUAGCAGAAACUCACCCAGAAAACUGCAACACCGGGGACAGACAGGAGUAUGAGCAGGAGACUCUGACAGAACUUCAGAAAGAGAUCAAGAUAAAGGUCCAGGAAUCCAUUCGCAGGUUGCCUGAGUUUUGUGACCUGGUGGAGGACAUUCUACUCAACACCCUUCAGAACCUAAUGAUGGAGGCUUUCCUUGGUGAGCUAAUGCUGACCACACGACCACGAAUCAUCGCUCUUCCUCCUUCCUCUUCCAGGAGAAGCAGCUUUGGCUCCAACAAACAAUCCACUGCUGAAUCUAAGAUGAGCAAUCAGCAGAUGCGCUCCCUGUUGACCAGCCCAAGCCCCAGAGUGUCAGACCUAAAGCCAGAACAGUAAUGAGCUGUACUGCACUAUUAAUUCAUAACCCUCAGUAUCAAUGUAUAAAAUGCAUGACACUGAUUUAUAUUAAACUGUAUUCAAAUGAACCAUCCCUGGUAUAAAUUCACUGAAUCUCUUUGACCACCAACAACUAGAUCUUUCAGACUGAUAAUGUUAAUAAUGCCAAAGCUUAAAAAAACAACAUUUUGGUCUUAAAUGUGAGAAUUGUCAGAAAUCUUCUGUGAAUUUUAAA